UGCCUCAGGAAGAGAUAUCAGGGCUGGCUCUGUCAAAUUACGGUACUGAGUUCAUUGAUUGAAAUCCAGUUGAAGUCUAUUCCAGAUGCAAAUUCUCCCAGCACAUUUCCCCUUACGACUUUGCCUUAUCUUCCGCUUCCGGAAGCCUCAUCAUCGCCAUCUCGCUGCGUGACCUGGAGGAGGGCCUGGCGUAUUCUGAAGCCGCACAAUCCCAACGACAACAGGAAGUUUAGAUUUUCUCGCGACAAUUCUUCAACCCAACACACGCCAAACGACAAAAGCACCUUGACCAGCGCGCGACCGUCAAGAUGAAGCUGAACAUCUCCUUCCCUGCCAAUGGCAGCCAGAAGCUCAUCGAGAUUGAAGACGAGAGAAAGUUGCGUGUGUUUAUGGAUAAGAGAAUGGGCGCCGAGGUUCCAGGUGACAGCGUUGGUGAUGAGUUCAAGGGCUACAUCUUCAGAAUCACCGGUGGAAACGACAAGCAAGGUUUCCCCAUGAAGCAAGGUGUCAUGCACCCAACCCGUGUCCGUCUUUUGCUGUCCGACGGCCACUCCUGCUACCGUCCCCGCCGUACUGGUGAGCGCAAGCGCAAGUCUGUCCGUGGUUGCAUCGUCGCUAUGGACCUCUCUGUCCUUGCUCUCAGCAUCGUCAAGCAGGGCGAGAACGACAUCCCUGGCUUGACCGAUGUCGUCCACCCCAAGCGCCUGGGUCCCAAGCGUGCUACCAAGAUCCGCCGAUUCUUUGGCCUCACCAAGGAUGAUGAUGUCCGCAAGUUCGUUAUCCGCCGUGAGGUUCAGCCAAAGGGCGAGGGCAAGAAGCCAUACACCAAGGCCCCCAAGAUCCAGCGUCUUGUCACUCCCCAGCGUCUCCAGCACAAGCGCCACCGCAUUGCCCUCAAGCGCCGCAACGCCGAGAGAACCAAGGAUGCUGCCAACGAGUACGCCGCCGUCCUUGCCAAGCGUGUCACCGAAGCCAAGUCCCAGAAGGCCGACCUCCGCAAGCGCCGUGCCUCCUCCAUGCGCAAGUGAUUUGUUUCCUGGUCUCCUGCACU